AGGCCGCGCCCGAAGAUGAAGAAAAGAGAGAGGAGACAGAGAUAUCGGAGGAAACAACAGAACACAUGAUGAGCAUGAGAAUGAAAGGAACGGCACCAGAUCGAGAGAAGAGAGGCUGAUACCAAGUUGAAGUCUUGAAUUGAUCAGAUUGAAUUGAUUCCUUCUCAUUGGUACAACAUCGCAUAUAUAGGGAGAUUACAACCGUUAAUAAGCACAAGAGAUAUAUUUGAUAAUUCUACAUCAUAAUCUUAAUACAAGACAAUAACCCUCAAUACAUGAUAACUAUGAUAGAUAGAAACCGAAACAUCGGGGAACACGAGAAUCAAUCUCCCAUGAUAGUACAAAGGUGUGCAGUGCAAGAACUUCAAGCUUUCAACCAUGGUAACUUUUCUGAUAACCAGCUGCAUAAUCAUCCAAGGCUGAACCACAACACCAAUCUAGCACAAGAUCCAGUUGUGGAACAUUACAUCAAGAUAGAUGGUGCAUUUAGAGAAACAGAGAAGACAGGAGCCGGAGCUUGGGAAAUUGUUAAUGCUCAAGGAAAACUUGUAGCCUCAGGUUGUGAAAUUUUUUUGCCUCAUCUCCCAUACAAACAGAAGCUAUGGCAGCUCUCUGCUGAGUCUUCAAGCAGCAAAGAAUUUGGUUCUUCACAUGUGUUCCCUACAAACAGAUAAUUUGCUUGUAGCUAGCUUGAAACAUGAAGGGUGUGGGAUUCCUUAUGGCCUCUAGUCUUUAGUAGAUAAUAUUAAAGUCUUAGCUAACAGUUUUAGGUGAUGUGUGUUUAUGAGAGUGGAUAGUGUGUUAGUGGAUAAUGCUCAUAGAUUAGUUAGGGCAUGUAUCCAG